AUGUCCGUUGCGUUUAUGGUGAAGGCCAGGUAUGGCUGGUCAGGUCAAGCUAAAGGCGAUUUGGGCUUCUUGGAAGGAGAUAUAAUGAACGUGACAAAAACUACAGGGGAUUGGUACUAUGGAUUUCUUCUGAGAAACAAAAAAAGUAAAGGUUAUUUCCCAAAAAACUUUGUCAUUGAACUCAAUGGCAAAACCAAACCGUCUGUGGAGGCAAUUACCGCAGAUGCUAAGCUCCCGAAUAUACCAUCAAGAUCAAAAUAUGAAGCUUCACAAUCCUCGCCAAAUUUACCGUCUUUGAUUAAAUCAAAUGGUUCUUCAAACUUAUAUUCUCAAUCCUCGACACCAAAUAACAAUUCCAGCUACAGGAAACAAAGUUCAAGUGGAUAUAAUAAUAAAGCAAAAUAUCAAGCCUUGCGGAAUUUACCAAAUAAGGAGACUUUCCCAGCGUUACCACAGAUUCCUGUAAGUAAGAGUAACUCCGAUUCACGUUAUAAAUUAAUGAAAUCACAUUCAGAAAAUGAUAUCCCAGUAAGAGAUUAUAAUUACUACAAAGAUAAUUCAAAUUUUUACGAUGGGUACAUGCCAAGCAACAUAAGAUCCUCAUGUACCUCAAGCUUUGUGACAGAUGAUAGUUCUAAUACUAAUUUAUUCUCGAAUUCAAAAUAUUUGGAUAGUUCUUUGGUCUCGAGUGAAAACAGUUUUGCAUUGAUGUCUGAUUUUAGUGCCACGUCAGCAGGAAGUUUUAUGAGACAUAAGUACGCACAAUCAUUCGAGGCUUCUUCUCUUGAUAAAUCUGAAGUAGAUGUUAAUAACGAUUCAUUCAGUGGUAAAGCAGGAGGAUUUUUGAAUAAAAUUUUCUUAAGGAAUGGUAAUGGUAGUGUUGAUUCCCCAAAACUACCAGAUUUGACGAAUAUGAGCAUUAAUAAUGAAAAUGACAACGAUGCAAAAGAUUGGUUGGUGGUCAAUAAGCAUUUAAACAGAUCAAAGACUUUAACAAAAUAUGAAAAACAUCCAAGGUACAUGAGAGCAUUAGAAGAGCACAGAGAUAUUGUUCUACAUCCGCAAGAUUACAUAUAUAAUGGCUUAAACACUAAUGAAGUUGUUUAUGAUAGCAACGAUAGAUGUUUUAAAGGCAGCAUAGAUAUUGAAUUGAAAAAUAUCAAUAUGCAAUACCUUGACAAAAUGACUAGACAACGAUGUGAUAAAUCAAGUAUUCCUCCAAAUGUUAGGCUUGAUAUGUGGUGUAAAACAACAUUUUCAGCCAGAUAUCAAACAACACUAGAAAAAUUAAGAGGUAUAUAUAUAUUCUGUACAGAGAUGUUUGAGUUAAUCGAUGAUCACGGAGCCACAGAUUUUAAUAGAGAACCAGUAAAUAUCGAUACAUUGUUGACUGGGAAAUAUUGUACUCCAUAUCAAUUAACUUGGUUAUUUAAGAAGUUAGCAAAUUGUCUAGGUAUUAGAACAGAAGUUGUCUUAGGCUUUUUGAAAACUCCUAUGUCAAAUAAUUCGGAAUUUAAAUAUAAUCAUUGCUGGUUGAGAAUUUUAGUAAAUAAGGAAUGGAGAUUCAUUGAUGUUAUUUUAGGUAAUAUCACAAAUCCUAUCCAUGAAUUUGUUAACAAGAAAAAAACGACAAGGGCUGAUAACUUUUAUUUCCUAACCGAGCCAUUAAAUUUAAUCUACACACAUAUUCCAGCAAGGGACUACGAGCAGCAUAUUGUUCCAAGUGUUGAUCAAUUAUCAGCCUUAUACCUACCAUUAGUUUUUCCUUCGUUUUUCAAGAAUGAUAUUAAGUUAUACAAAUUUAGCACUGCUUUGUCUUUCUUGGAGGAUUCUGAAAUAUAUGAGUGUUCUCUAGAAAUUCCUAGUGAUAUUGAACUUUAUGCUACCGUGGUAACUCCUGGUGAAAACAGUUCAAACAAGAGUUAUGUCUUGUCCCAAGUAAGAAAGUUGAAACCCGAAAGUAACCGUAAAAUUGCCGUCAUUAAAGCAGUACUACCUCCAGGAGCAAAAGCUGGUGAUAUUUACGUUCACUCGGGUUUAAAGAGUUCUCGAAUUUCAAAUCAAAAUGCUCAUCAAUUAUCACUGAUUAUCCCUUUAUCUCAUAAAGGUGCCAGUAUGGAUUACGAAUUUGUUAAGCUGACAGGAAAUGAAAAUAUUAAGAAAAUAGAUCAAUAUAUUGUGGAGCCACAGAAUAAGUUUAUUUAUCAAAACACAGAAUAUAAUUUUGAAAUAUUUCAACACCCAUAUGAUAAUGUUAUUUACAAUAAUAAGUCAUUGAGCAAAAAUGGUAAACAACCCUUAAUUGUUAAAUCACCAUCUGGUAAAAUAUAUGAAUUGAAGAAUAACGAUCAAAAUUCACCUUUUGGAACAUGGAGAAGAAAAAUAAAGGUGAAAGAAAGUGGCACAUGGAGAGGAUUGAUGCUUUCAGAUUCUAGUUCCAAUUGGUUCACGUUUGCAGAGUGGACAUGUCUAUAA